AUGUCAUUGCUUAUUGUCUCACUCGCUUGGGGGGCCUUGUUAGAUCCAGAAGUAAGCUCAGUUUCUAGAGCAGCGCUACUAGAUGCUGUGCUAGAAAUUUCAACGUUGUUACUUCGCCAGAAUGGUAGUGUCCGUCAGUUCUUGCUCGGUCUUGCCGAAAAAACGGGAUCAGAAAAGCUCCAUACGCUUAUACUUGGCAGCAUUUCAACUGCGGCCUCGUUGAACCUCCAUUUAGAACCUGUUCUACGCAAGUUCUGUACUAGCGAUGAGCAAGCCAUUCAGACUAAACGAGCCAUGUGGCUACUCUAUUGCAUUGAUAAAUCUUAUGCGUUGAGGUGGCAAACCUUUUCUCUAGUCAGCGAGGGUUCCCUUCCGAUUACGAACCCAUCUGACAGCAUAAUUGGGAAUGAUGUUGCGACUACACACUCCUCGGAAUGGUUGUGGAUUCGGGCUCAGUACUCCAAGAUAUGCUCAAACAUCCUGCAGCUCCGAGUGAGCGCAGAGGAAGAGCCAUCCAAAGAUCAUUCUAACAGGGCUGUGGCGCUAUCAACGGCGCUUGGAGAAUGGUAUAAGUCAACUAGGGUCAGCCAGAUGAUUCUCUCUCUGGACUACAAGGAUGCCAUGCGUAUCAAGCUCCAGACAUCCUACUAUUACUAUGAGGCUCGGGUUCAGUUACUGAGUAUAAGCCUGCCAGAUACACGAUCUUCUUCUCCUGCAGAGUCCCAGGAGUAUAGAGAAUUACUCAAGCAAUCAACACGCGAAACAAUCUCACUUUCUAGCACGAUGUCAUCUGAAUACCUUCUCCAAGAUUGUUGUACAACAGCAACCAUCUAUUCAUAA